AUAAAGUGGGUCAACAACAGUAUGGGCUUUUAACAGUAUUAUAAUGUUAUUGGACAGCCCAACAAAAUUGGAGCCAAUCCACCGGAAACUAAACACACUUCCCGGUACUCAUUUUUGGCAAUUCCUGGCGGCUUUGAGGAGUUGAAGUCUCGCAACAUGUCGAUUUCUGUAGCGUAUCGGCGAUUAACUAGCUGCGGAUCCACGUCGUCUGGUCUUGCAAACGCCAGUACUCUCAGAUUUUUCUCUUCUUUUCGAGAGGAACGAGAUACUUUUGGUCCAAUUCAAGUUCCUUCUGACAAGUUAUGGGGUGCCCAAACCCAAAGAUCACUACAAAAUUUUGAAAUUGGUGGUGAGCGUGAGAGAAUGCCCGAGCCCAUUGUUCGUGCUUUUGGCAUCCUUAAAAAAUGUGCUGCCAAGGUUAACAUUGAGUAUGGGCUUGACCCAUCCAUAGGUAAAGCAAUAAUGCAAGCUGCUCAGGAAGUGGCUGAAGGGAAAUUGAAUGAUCACUUCCCCCUGGUGAUAUGGCAGACUGGCAGCGGAACUCAAAGCAACAUGAACGCCAAUGAGGUAAUUGCAAAUAGAGCUGCAGAAAUUCUUGGUCACCAAAGAGGUGAAAAGUUUGUGCACCCAAAUGAUCAUGUGAACAGAUCCCAAUCUUCUAAUGAUACAUUUCCAACUGUAAUGCACAUUGCAGCUGCAAUGGAAAUCAAUUCACGAUUUAUACCGAAGUUGAAACAGUUGCAUACUACUCUAAACUCGAAGUCGGUUGAGUUUAAAGAUAUUGUUAAGAUAGGACGAACUCACACACAAGAUGCAACACCUUUGACACUAGGGCAAGAGUUCAGUGGUUAUACAACCCAAGUGAAGUAUGGAAUUGAUAGAGUGAUGUGCACUCUCCCUCGCAUGUAUCAGCUUGCACAGGGCGGCACUGCUGUGGGAACUGGAUUGAACACAAAGAAAGGGUUUGAUGUUAAAAUUGCUGCAGCAGUAGCUGAGGAGACUAAGCUACCAUUCAUAACAGCGGAAAACAAGUUUGAAGCGCUGGCUGCUCAUGACGCUUUUGUUGAAACUAGUGGGGCUUUAAAUACAGUUGCUGCAUCUCUUAUGAAGAUUGGAAAUGACAUACGGCUAUUGGGAAGUGGGCCACGGUGCGGUCUUGGUGAACUUAUACUACCUGAGAAUGAACCAGGCAGCAGUAUUAUGCCUGGGAAGGUAAAUCCUACUCAAUGCGAGGCUCUCACGAUGGUCUGUGCUCAGGUCAUGGGAAAUCACGUGGGAAUUACUGUGGGUGGUGCAAAUGGACAUUUUGAGCUCAAUGUUUACAAGCCAAUGAUCGCUAGUAGUCUCCUACAUUCCGUGAGAUUGCUAGCAGAUGCUUCUGCUUCUUUUGAAAAGAAUUGUGUGAGGGGAAUUGAGGCCAACAGGGGAAGAAUCUCAAAAUUGCUACACGAGUCACUCAUGCUCGUCACCUCCUUGAACCCUAAAAUUGGCUAUGACAAUGCCGCAGCAGUUGCAAAGAAAGCUCACAAGGAGGGAACUACUUUAAAGGAAGCUGCUUUAAACUUAAAAGUGCUCACCAGUGAGGAGUUUGACGAACUUGUAGUGCCUGAAAAAAUGAUUGGUCCCUCAGAUUGAUUCAUAGUGAGUGUAAAAGUUUCAAGAAUUCGCACCCACAACACAGCAUAGAAAUAAAAUCCAAAAUGUGAUUAUCCUUUACUGGAACAAUAUUAUUCUUGAGGUUCUCUCCUGUGUAGAAUUCAUUUUUGUUUUUUCUGGAGAUUCCAGAUGUGACACUUGAAAUGGGGGAACCUCCGCAUUUUUUUGCGUAAUGCAACAUAACAGUUUACGGAUAAACGCAGUUUAUAGAGAAUGAUUAACGGAUGAUCAAACCAAGUUUUUUUUGCUAAUUUUACUUUUGGU